ACGCUCGACUAAUUUUCAGAAGAAAGAUGGUUCAGAAUGUCUCCUUUGCCAUCACAUCAGAAUUUGUGAUGUCACAUCUAAACAGUCCCAGAAAUGUGACCAAUGCCACACUGACUGCACUUCAGAACUACGUGAUGCAGACAAUUUUGCCAGCCCUCUUCAUGUUCAACUGCAGUAUCAGCAUUCCUCUCAAUUUAAUCUCCUUGUGGUUCCUUUGUUGGUGUUCAAGGCCUUGGACUCCUACCAUUAUAUUUUGCAUUAAUUUAAACAUUGCCGACUUGCUCUAUGGUUUUGUCCUCCCCUUUCAAAUAGCCUACCAUUUAAAGGAAAAUAAUUGGCCUUUUGGAGAUGUCUUGUGUCAAAUUGUCACCAUUCUGUCAUAUGGGAACCUCCAUUGCUCCGUUUUAACCAUGAUGAGCCUUAGCAUAGAGCGAUAUGUAGGCAUUGUCUACCCCUUGCGCUACAAAACAGCAAAGCCAAUUAGGGCCUCUUUCCUGGUGUGCAUCGGCAUAUGGGCCUUGGUUUUACUCACCCUUUUUCCUCUCAUGCAGCAUAAGCUCACCAUUCACUUACAGCAGCUCCCUAUUGUCACCUGCUUUGAUGUUUUGCCAAAAGAAAUGUUUAGCUCCCCAGAAAAAUUUAUUGUUUAUUUUGGAUCCCUGCUAUUUCUAUUUUUCUUCCUACCCUUGAUCAUCAUGGGGUUUUGCUACAUCUCAAUCAUAGUAACACUUCUCCAUUCAUCUUCUCAGUUCAGAGAAACCAAGAGGCAGACUGUCUACUUUGUCAUAACAUUGCUGUUCCUGAUUACUGUUUGUUACAUCCCUUACAUUGUCAUGUCAGUGACCCAUUAUAUCCUCCUUUUUCAAAAGAAAUCAUUUUAUGUGGAAUACAAACUGUCACUUGCUACAGCCAGCUUUAAUUGCUGUUUUGACCCAUUUCUUUAUUACUUUGGUUCUAAAGAGUUUCAACAAAAAAUACAGAGGAAACUCUGCAAGUGUGUGGCAGUAAAUUUCAGUGAAAGCCCAUUUUUUUCACAGCAUGAUAUGCAAAUCAUGCCAGCACAAGAAGCACCAAAGAUUUAACAAUAAACGUAUUUAUGACAAUAA